AUGCAGUGUGCUGAGGACCAUCAGACGGUCCUGGUGGUGGUCCAACCUGUGGGCGUCGUCCCUGAGGAUCAGUUCUUCAGGAUCUACAAACGCAUCGCCUCUGUGGCCCAGGUCAGCAUCCAUGUGUACUAGCUAUGAGUGUAUCCCAAAUGGCACCCUAUUCCAGGGCCCGCUCUGGUCAAAAGUAGUGCACUAUAUAGGGUAUAGGGUGGCAUUUGAGACACAGGCUGGGCAUGUGUCUUAUUAUUUAUUGAAAUAUGUAACCCCAGGCCACCUUGUAGUUAUUUGUUUUUGAUGUAAAUGUUUUACCAUUGGAUGCUGAUUGUCAAAUGAUCCCUAUUUUGUUGUGUGUUUUGUCUUUUCAUGCUAUUGAAAAAAAGGUGUCCAUCCGGGACUCCCAGCGGAACCUCUAUAUCCGUUACCGCCACCACUACCUCCCAGAGAACAACGAGUGGGGAGACUUCCAGACACACCGCAAGGUUUGUUGCUUUUAUUUUUCCUAUUUGUUGCCUUUCGUAAUGUGUCUUUGGGUUUCAGAAAUGCGCUUAGUUUUUUGUUAUGUGUCCUGCACAGCAGCCUUCCGCAAACCUCUCCUUGGGGAUUCGCAGCUGUUCCAUGUAUUUGAACUAGAGUUAGCAUACCUGAUUCAACUCAUCACCUAAUCAUCAAGCCCUUGACUACUUCAAUUAGGUGUGCUAGUUUAGGGCUACAACAAAACUGUGAAACGUCUAAGAAGCACAGCUGUACAGUAUGCGUGUCUUUUUGUCCUGUGCAUGAAUUUCCCCUCAGGAAUAAUAAAGUCCUGUCUGUCUAGGUGGUGGGCCUCAUUUCCGUGACGACCUGUGGUUCGGCUAAAGAGUGGCCCCAGACCUUGGACCGUUUCCAUGGCCAGAAGGAGGUGUUCGGAGCCACGCUGUACGACUCGCGGCUCCUGGUGUUCGGGCUGCAGGGGGAGAUAGCAGAGCAGCAGAGGACGGAUGUUGCCUUCUACUCUAGCUAUGAUGACUGUCCCGAUGUGGAGAAAAGGGUGGAGGACUUUGUGGAGUCCAUCUUCAUCGUGCUAGAGUCCAAGAGGCUGGAUAGAGCCACAGACAAGUCUGGGGAUAAGAUACCACUGCUCUGUGUUCCCUUUGAGAAGAAAGACUUUGUGGGGCUGGACACUGAUAGCAGGUGAGUUGUCUUUUCUUCUGCACUCUAUUUGGCUUUUAAAGGUCUGGUAUCAUCCACAUGUUUUGCUGUGUAUAUAAUUUGGAACCAACAAGAUAGUUGGUUAUUAAACAAUUUCCAUGAGCCUGAACUGUGACUUCUGAAUUGAUCAACAGUCUAUUAGUUUAACAAUUGAUAAAAUGCCUGAAUACUAUAUUUGCCAAGUGUAGCCUAAUGGUUGUUAGAUGGUUGUUUCAUGAUUGUUACAAGGUGAUGGUAAUUACACUAACAACAUUGUUGUGCUAAUGUUUGUUAUAUGGUGAUUGAAAAAGCCUGACCUCAGUGUUUCUCUGAUGUCCAUUGUCAAGAUAUCCUUGUCGUUACAUUAAUGUUGCUAAGGACAGUCAACCUUGAGUGUUUAUUUCCCCUUUUAAAAAUCUGUUUAUAUUUUUGCUUCUUUCCUUUUUUCUUUGUUUAUCUUGGUUACUUUAUUUGUCUUUCCCAUUUUUUUCUUUCAUACUGUCCUGUGAGUUUAUUGUUGGGUGUGAAAAGGUGAGCUGCUGUUAGACAUUGCUUUAGUUAAGUCCAUCCCAGUUCCAUCAGCUUAAGCCCCACCCCUAAACGAGACACUCUGCCCAGGCCCUGCCCCCUACCUCAGUGCUCUUGUGCAUGGGUUCAAAGCUUAGAUCCAAACUCAUCAUUCCUCUCAACUUUGUAUGAAAUAAAAUCAUAACAAGUUCUGAAGGAGCUGAUAGUUUGGACAUGCAGAAUACAUGAAACUAUCAGUGACUGAGGCUUGUGAAGGUUGGUUCACUUAAACAGUGAGGCUAUCCUAUCUAUUCUAUUAUGUGCUUGUAAAGGUUUGUCCAGCCUUUCAGGAACUUGAGGAUUGGGAAGGUUGUCACCUGACCCGAGCUUGACUGGGUGAAAUAAGGUCUGUACUCUAAUUCUUUACACAUUCUAUGACAUGGAUCUCAUAUCUUCUACUAUAUUCUGCUACUACACCUUAACAUGGAUCUCGUAUAGCCGUGAUUAAUGGAGGGAUGCAUCACCUUUAGCUAGGCUUAUUAUUGCUCCUACUUAUGAAAGCAUGACUUUCAAUAUGGUAUCCAUGUCCUUCUAAGCAGACCGUACAUAAGGUAUUGCUCAUCAUUUUAUUUCAAACAUUUUUUCAUCCGAAAAGUUUAGGCACAACUCAUUAUACUGAAUCUGAACAAAAUGAGCAAUUGUACCAUGAAUUCACUAAUAGCAUGGAAAUCAACCCCAUUUAGCCCCAUUGACACAGCAUCAUGCUUUCUAGGUAAAAAAAAUACUUGGUGGGUUUGACCCUUGACCUUCCCAGUAUCUCAGGCUCCAGUAAAGAGUUAGACAGACAGAGGUCUUGCACACGUCUUGAACUGGCCCCAUUUUCUUUUGUUAGAAUUACAAACUGUGAUGUUGUCUGCCUCCUCUUCAAUCCUGGUGUGUUUAAUGUGCAAGACUUCAGGAUCAGGGUGGUUCUGGUUAUUUCUCUCUAUUGGGUUCUCCCCUCCCCAACCCCUGUCUCCCUUGCUUGUGCUGUCCCCCCCCCCCCCCCCCCCCCGUAACUGAUUAGAUUAAUUCAACAGCGAGUCUCCUCUGCUAGCACCCAAUGGUACCUGGGUAAGAAAAUACAUUAUGCUCAAAAAUGACUUUUGUUUGGGAGAGAGAAGACCAUGAAGAGGGUUUUUGUAAAAAUGAUGUAAAAAGUAAACCCUACUUGCAUAAUUGUUCGCUGUAACGUGGACAAAGUUGUAUUGUAAAUUGAUAUCUCUACGACAUCUGAAGGACACUAGUUGAUGUUUCCCUCCUCCUCCUCAUCUAGGCACUAUAAGAAGCGUUGCCAGGGCCGUAUGAGGAAGCACGUUGGGGAUCUAUGUUUGCAGGCAGGCAUGUUGCAGGAUGCCCUGGUCCACUAUCACAUGGCUGUGGAGCUGCUCCGCUCCGUCAAUGACUUCCUGUGGCUGGGGGGUAAGACUGGGGAGGAAGACAUGGCUCUUCCUCUUCCUGCUAUAUUCUCAAAUCCCAUAAAGCAGGGGUGGAUACUCUCAGGUUUUUGCUACGACCCCACUAUAACACACCUGAUUCUACUAAUCAGCUUCUCACCAUGACCUUGAAGGAGAUGAGGAUCUGAAUCAGGUGUGCUACAAGAGGGUAGUAGCAAAAUCCUGCCAAGCCCAGGAGCUCUCCAGGAGGACUGUUCGCCACCCUUGCCAUACAUACAUAAUUCCCUUUAGAAAAUACUUGUAAUGGGGGGUUAUGAUAUUCUGUUUCAUUGACACAUCUCCCUUAUGUCUUGGUUCUCCAGCUGCGUUAGAGGGCCUGUGUUCAGCCUCUGUUAUCUUCCACUACCCUGGGGGAACAGCAGGGAAGGCUGCCGGACGCAAACCCAGCCUGGCACAGGGCCAGGGCCAGGCAGCUGAUGCAGGGAAGAGGCAUCGGCCAGGUAAGCAGCACUCCUCGCUCUCUCUGUGUGUGAGGUUGGGGGUGGUCUUCUCUGUGUUUAACUUUUUGAUUGGCCAAGGAAGAACCGUGUCCGGGGUGGGGGUGGGGGGGGGGGACAGACCCAGUGUUAUUAUUGAAAGGGAUGGUCUCUGCGUGCCUUAGGGUUGAAUUAGAGUUUUUUUAAUAAAAUGAACAGUGUGGAGAUGUUUCAGGAGGUAUGGGGCUCAGGGGGCUGUCUGUACGGCUGGAGAGGAGGGAUUGGAUGUACGGUUGUAAUGUGGUGCUGGAGGGUGGAUUGUGUUGUACUGUGUUGUGUAAUGUGAUUGUGUGGUGGUUGUGGUGGCAUGCAACAUUUCCUCCACAACCUAACCCAUUUGUUCUGAACCUUAUUUAAUAUCAUAUUUCCAUUCACCGAUAUCUUUACUUAAUAUUAUUAACAAGUCACUUACUUUAACCCCUUAAUAACAACACAUAUUUUUAUUUUACUUGUACAUAGUUUAUUACUGAAGUAAUUAGCAUUAGCCUACUAUAGCGCGGGGAUGGAUGGGAAAGUCACAAGGAACCGGCUGAAAAGUGGCUUGUUUGGGGACUAACAUUGCUUUCAAUAACUAACUGCACUGUGUGAACCUGCAUUCUCUCUCUGUGUGUCUGUCUGUUACUGUAGGGGCACAGGAGGUACUCAUAGACCCAGGUAUGGUAUGACACUAACCGGCCAAUGCCGCGUAGCUCUACUUGUAGCUAGACAUCUCACCUGUGUGUGUUUUCCUGCUGUCUGUCUGUGUGGCCCAUUUCCUUAUUACUUGUGUUUGGUUUCAUGCUUUUUAUGAUGACAACCUCCUAGCUUGGUCUCAGAUCUGUUAGUGGUGUCUUACCAACAAAGGCCAGACAACACAAACAGAUCUGGGACCAGGCUAACAACCCAUUGCACUGCAUCUGAUUCCAACUUUGAUUGUUUCCACCACUGGUAAAUCAAAACAGAUGUUUUUUUCCCGCCUCUUAAGGCAGGUAUUGUAUUUUUGUCAGCGUUAGAUGUUUUGUGUUCAUGCUUGAUCACACCAUUGACCUCUUCUUCUAGUCAAUGAAUAGUAACCAUUUUAAAAUCAUGAUCAAGGACAUUAUAUCCAACACUAUGUACAAGAAGAAGCACAUAACCUCCUAUUAGAUUUCAAAAGUGAUUGAAAUAAUAAUCCAAUCUAAAUUACUGAAAGUAAUUCAGACAUGCACCAGGAGGUGGCGACGUUGCUAUUGAAAUCGCAGCACUGCUGAUUGAGGCAUCCAAGCUUUGUGAGUCUACUUCUCCUGUUGCCUCAAGUUACAAUGUAGAACUGUUCAGAGUGAGACAUUUCGGCCAACCUAUCCGUAAGAAAUACUGCAGAAAUUAAGCUCUUAUGUUUCCUUUUUAGGAAGUGUGUUUGGUUUUACUAAACCAUUCAACCCAAGGGGUCUGUGUAAAGUGUGUAGUUCCGACCGUAGAUGUAGCAAUUUGCACAUUUUGUCUAACACUUAAUAUAUAAAAAAUAUAAUGAUAUAUACCCUAUAGCAGAUGCUUUUAUCCGAAGCAACUUAGUAAUGUGUGCAUACAUGUAUUACGUUUGGGUGGUCCUGGGAAUCAAACAUGCUUUCCUGGCGUUGUAAGCGCUUCACUCUACCAACUGAGCUAGAAAGGACCACUUAGCAGAUGCUUUUAUCCAAAACAACUUACAGUACAGUGAGUGCAUACAUUUCUAGUAUGUGUAUGUGUUCCCAGAGUAGUCUUAUGAUUCACAUGUAAUGCUGUGUCAUAGUGACAUCGCCGCGACGCCGUUGCUAGGCAAUGUUCUAUCAAUACUACAUUUGUAUUGAAAUCAGAUGGGUAGAGGAGAGAGAGAGAUUCUCCUUGCACAUAAUCGUUUUAGAACCAUUUCAAUUGAAACAUUCCAAACUACUGAGCACAUGAUGAAAUCAGCCUCAGCGUCAUUUUGAUCACAUAACAGUGCACAGUGACCCUCAAAGGCCCUUUAUUCAUAGAUAGAUUGUUGUGUACAAUGCAUGGCAAUCAUCGAGUGUUGUCUUGAUAUGUCGGUGUUUGAAACGCCUGUCGAUGCGGCAUUAAAUGUGUAUGCUCAGAUAGGCUAUACACAGUUUGCCAGUGAGUAUGUCAUUGUUGUGACUUUGGCCAUAUGCAUCACAGUAGGUUGGUGACACCUUUAAUUGGGGAGAACGGGCUCGUGGUAAUGGCUGGAGCAGAAUCAGUGGAAUGGUAUCAAAUACAUCAAACACAUGGUUUCCAGGUGUUUGAUGCCAUUCCAUUAGCUCCGUUCCGGCCAUUAUUAUGAGCCGUCAUCCCCUCAGCAACCUCCACUGAUAUGCAUGUGUGAAGGACCAAGUGGUGGAUGUGUCUGAUAACAUUGACAAUCAUCCCGGUCAUUUUUCCUUUUUCUCUUUCUCUCUCCUCCUUUCUCCUUUUCUCUCUCUCCCCUCCCCCAUCUCUAUCUCUGUCUCUUUCUCGCUCUCUAUCUUUCUCCAGGUGCCCUCACAGCCAAUGGGAUCAGUGCAGACACCAGCAGUGAGAUUGGUCGGGCCAAGAACUGCCUGAGCCCUGAGGACAUCAUAGAGAAAUACAAGGAGGCCAUCUCCUACUAUGGCAAGGUAUUGGAAAAGACAAGAAAUAGACACACACACUAUUGUAUGUUCCUAUCUACUUUGUUCCAUCUCCUUCUGUAGCAAGGGAUUGGAACAAUAAUUUUUCAAAAGCACUGUACGCACAUCUAGCUAUUUUUCAGGUUCAGGGUACAAAAAGUAUACAUCAUAGAAAAUAAACAGAUACCCACACUGUUGAAUGCUCCUACAUGCUUUAUUACAUGCAAUGUUUCAACAGAAGGUUCAGUGUUUGUACUUUGCAGACCAGUGCUGUUUGCAGACUAUUCCAUUAUCCGCUAUCCAGUUUGCAGUUCUCAACAUCUCCACCAGGGGACAGUAGCACACUAGGUAUCAGUGAUGGUUGGGCGUCUGAUGCAGCAGAGAGGGGCUGUGUAGCUGUGCCUGCCUGACUGGCUGUGUCCACACUGUAAACAAACUACUUACAUGCUGACUCAGAUGGUCAACAGUGGAAAGCUUAGCUAGCAUGACGUCACUGUCUGUUACUAUUAGACAAAUGGAAGUGUGGGGCCAUCUCAGAUGCCCUAUAACUCCAUCAGUUGCAAUUAAAAAAAUAAAAUACAUUAGUUAAUUGCAUUGUUAAUCUAUUGAUAACUAUACUUACUGGUGUAGCACAGGUAUGUGUUAACAAAAACAAUCAAACCUUGGGGGUAAAAACACAGAGGGGUAACUUCCCAGCAGUAUACCACCUCCCACUGCUGGCUUGCCUCUGAAGCUAAGCAGGGUUGGUCCCUGGAUGGGAGACCAGAUGCUGCUGGAAGUGGUGUUGGAGGGGGACAUUGCCCUGUGUUAGUUGCCGUCUUUCGGAUGGGAGGUUAAACGGGUGUCCUGACUCUCUGUGGUCACUAAAGAUCCCAUGGCACUUAUCGUAAGAGGAGGGGUGUUAACCCUGGUGUCCUAGCUAAAUUCCCAAUCUGGCUCUCUUACCAUCAUGGCCACCUAAUCAUCCCCAGCUUCCAAUUGGCUCAUUUAUCCCCCCUCCUCUCCCCUGUAACUAUUCCCCAGGUCAUUGCUGUGAAGGAGAAUGUGUUCUCAGUCAACUUACCUGGUAAAAUAAAUUAAAACAAAAUAAUAUCCCUGUAGGCCUUCGGAAAUUCUGCUGUGUUUUAUCUCCACUAUUAUAAUUGGCUUCUUGCUCUGACUUCCCUUGGUCCUUUUACCUGUAACUAGUUCACUCCAAAUGAAAUUACAUUAUAUAUCAACACGACAGGGCUAUUCAAAUAUUAAUUGCAUUUUAAUAAGGAGACAAUGCGGAUAGGAGUGGGUGGGGGAUCGCGUGUGAAUGUGUGAGAGAGCACUACUGUACCUCGACUCAGGUUUCUACUUCAUUAGAUCUACUACUCGGGGAGAACCCGGGACUCCCCUGGAAGAACCAAUGAACAAAGUAAAAAUGAACGACGGAGGUUCCGUAUCACCACAUGGACUGUAAUCAGUAAUCUGAUAAAGAUGUCACAGAGAGAAAGUGACAUGAUGGAAUACAUCGGUUCAGAUUAUUACGCCAGGUGGGAAAAGCCAUACUAGUCCUCACUGGUUACUUAUGUUUUCCUUAUGCUGGGCCUGGUCAGUUCUUAUUGUCCUCUUCCUUUCUAUCUCUCUCUCCCUCUCCUUCCAUCCCUCUCCCAGUAUAAGAAUGCAGGCGUGAUAGAGCUGGAGGCGUGUGUGAAGGCAGUCAGGGUGCUAGCCAUUCAGAAGAGGGCCAUGGAGGCCUCCGAGUUCCUCCAGAAUGCUGUCUACAUCAACCUGGGACAGGUAAGACCUCACCUGAUAUGUAGAUGUACCUCCCUGUGGGGGGAACCAUCAUCCUGGUCUCACACACAUUCUGUUAAUUAGAGACCAGAGUUUUGCUUAGUCAAGUCCCAUGCAUAGAUCUCAUAUUCAGGAAAAACUCUGGUCCCCAGUUGUAAUCUAUAACCAGGGCCCAGAGUUUUACCUAGUCAGAUCAUAUAGUCAUGAAAGACUCCUGACACCAGAGUCUUUCUUUCUGCCAACACCCAGGUCCCAUAGUCUGUUAACACCCAGGUCCCAUAGUCUGUUAACACCCAGGUCCCACAGUGACUGUUAACACCCAGGUCCCACAGUGACUGUUAACACCCAGGUCCCACAGUGACUGUUAACACCCAGGUCCCACAGUGACUGUUAACACCCAGGUCCCACAGUGACUGUUAACACCCAGGUCCCACAGUGACUGUUAACACCCAGGUCCCACAGUGACUGUUAACACCCAGGUCCCACAGUGACUGUUAACACCCAGGUCCCACAGUGACUGUUAACACCCAGGUCCCACAGUGACUGUUAACACCCAGGUCCCACAGUGACUGUUAACACCCAGGUCCCACAGUGACUGUUAACACCCAGGUCCCACAGUGACUGUUAACACCCCAGGCCUCAUGCUCUGGCAUCAGAUCCUAUAGUCAGGCACCUGUCUCUGCUGCUUUCCUGUGUGAUGAUCACCAGAGGAUCUGCCUGCCAACAGCCAGGUCACAUAACACAGGAACGCUCUUCUGACAGGUGCCUGAGGCCAUCCUGCAAGAAACUGAAAGCCUGCUCUAUUCAGGCUCUGCUCUGUAGGCGUCUCUCUAGGAGGGAAAUCUCACUUGAGUCUCAGACAGUUCUGCCAGUGUGCCACCACCUCCUUACCCACUGUGCAGUGACUGAUCGUUCUCAUAACCUUUCCAUAGAUUUGUUUUAUAAAUCAAAUUGAACUUUUUUCAGAGAUUUAUUUGUGUUAACGUCAAGGAUUUAUUUGUGUUAACGUCAAGGAUUUUCUAAUAAUAAUAUAUACCAUUUAGCAAAUGCUUUUAUCCAAAGCGACUAAAUGGCAUUUAUUAUUAUAUACUGCACAAAAAUAUAAACACAACAUGCAACAAUUUCAACAAUUUCACUAAGUUACAGUUCAUGUAAGGAAAUCAGUCAAUUUAAAUACAUUUAUUAGGCACUAAUCUAUGGAUUUCGCAUGACUGGACAGGGGCGCAGCCAUUGGUGGGCCUGGGAGGGCAUAGGCCCACCCACCUGGGAGCCAGGCCCACCCUCUGGGGAGCCAGUUUUUAUCCACAAAAGGGCUUUAUUACAGACAGAAAUACUCCUCAGUUUCAUCAACUGUCUGGGUGGCUGGUCUCAGAUAAUCCCGCAGGUGAAGAAGAUGGAUGUGGAGGUCCUGGGCUGGCGUAGUUACACGUGGUCUGCAGUUGUGAGGCCGGUUGGGCGUACUGCUAAAUCCGCUAAAACGACAUUGGAGGCGGCUUAUGGUAGAGAAAUAAACAUUGAAAGCUCUGGCAACAGUUCUGGUGGACAUUCCUGCAGUCAGCAUGCCAAUUGCACGCUCACUCAAAACUUGAAACAUCUGUGGCAUUGUGUUGUGUGACAAAACUGCACAUUUUAGAGUGGCCUUUUAUUGUCCCCAGCACAAGGUGCACCUGUGUAAUGAUCAUGCUGUUUAAUCAGCUUCUUGAUAUGCCACACCUGUCAGGUGAAGGGAUUAUCUUGGCAAAGGAGAAAUGCUCACUAACAGGGAUGUAAACAAAUUUGUGCACAACAUUUGAGAGAAAUACGCUUUUUGUGCAUAUGGAACAUUUCUGGGAUCUUUUAUUUCAGCCCAUGAAACGUGGGACCAACACUUUACAUGUUGCAUUUAUAUUUUUGUUCAGUAUAAAUCCUUGACGAUAACACAAAGUUAUACAACUUAUUUCCAAAUGAAUCUCUGGAGAAGUUCAACUUGAGUUAUAAAACAAAUCUGGGACAACCCGUAUGUAAAAUGUAUGAACGCAUUAAUGUAUGUCUGACUUAGUCAUGCGUGCAUACAUUUUACGUACAUUUUACGUGCAGUGUGUGGUAUAAAUAGUUUUUCAAUGAUCUAAUAGAAUCAACCAAACAACCUAUUAACCAACCAACCAAUGAUCUCUCCUGUCUGUCUUCCCUGUUUUCUCAGCUGUCAGAGGAAGAGAAGAUCCAGCGCUACAGCAUCCUCUCUGAGCUCUACGACCUUAUUGGUUUCCACCGUAAGUCAGCCUUCUUCAAGCGGGUAGCAGCCAUGCAGUGUGUGGCCCCCACCAUCCCAGAGCCUGGCUGGAGGGCCUGUUACAAGCUGCUGCUGGAGACCCUGCCUGGAUACAGCCUCUCCCUCGACCCCAAAGACUUCAGCAAAGGUACCCGACUGGAUAUGCCUCUCCUCUGUCACAAAAGUGUCCCAUACACUGUAGAGUGAUCCCCUACAACUUUAGAUGAUCAAUAAAAGACACACACACACCUCCCUGUUUCAGUAACGUCAAUACUCAAAGCAAGAAAUUGAAUAACAUUGCCUUCCCCUGCCCUGAGGUUUAUUUAAAGGAUCUUCUCUUCAAGAGCUCUUCUCAGUGGUAAUACGUAUUCAAGGCACCUCUUUGCGCAAAGAGACACACAAUUGAUUUGAGACCUGCACUGACCCAGGCCUUUAUAAACUGCCACUCUGCCAGGCACACAUACACCCGCUCUCACUCAUGGUCCUCAGGAUAAGCUGCUGUGCACUGCAGGCUCUUGAACCUCACCCUGCUCAACCCACUCCACCACGAGGGGUUGGAGCGUAAAAGAGACACUGACAGACAAAACAAAGAUUCAGAGUCAUCUGUAUCUCUACUGUGACCCUCGUUCAAAGGACUCACUUGAGAAGAGUUUCUGUCAGACAGAGAGAGAGCAGUUGUUGUUGACCUCCACUUCACUUCCAUGGAACAGUGAAGGGAAGAGAGAAACUAUUGUGUGAGGUAGUCAAACGAUUAUGUUGGAGUGUAGUUGAGAGUGAAGUGUGUUUGUGUGUCUGCGACUAUGGAUUUCUUCCUCCAUGCAUUAUUUUACAAAGCAAAGAAAGACUAAAUAUAUGUUCUUCAUAAGGGACCUUCUACUACGGCCAGGCCUCUGAGACCUUCAGCCUGAGGAGAGGUGUCAGGUGGGAGUUUAUUGAGCUGUGAGGAGAGGAGAGCUGGCCAGGCCCCUGUUGCAGGAGGGUAACGUCAGAGAGGAAAUGGGGCUUAAUAGUGCAUUCCAACAGGGUACAGGGCUGGCCGGCAGAGAAAUGAACGAGCAAAUUGGUUUUUAAUUGGCUAGGGAGCCCUCUCAGUACUCUCCUCUUUACCAGGGUGAGAGGACUGUCUCUCACUCUCUCCUCUCUCUGCUCUCUAUCCUCUCUUUCUCUCCCCUCUCUCUCUCUCCCUCCCUCCCUCUCUCUCUCUCUUUUAGUCUAUUUGUAUCUCUUUGUCUCUCUCUCUCAGUUCGGAGUAAACACUGUUUCAAAGACCACAAACUCACAAAAAAGCAUUUAGCUGCCGUGCACUCUUCAUGUUUAAAUGACAGUAGGGGAGGACAGUAGUAUAAAACAUCACCUUACAGGGAACUGCUAAUUCUCCUACCAGAAGGUAGUGCCUUUUGAUACAGACAGUGUGUGACAGGGUGGCGUUUGUGUGUGACAGGGUGGUGUUUGUGUGUGACAGGGUGGUGUGUGUGUGUUACAGGGUGGUGUGUGUGUGUGUGUGUGUGACAGGGUGAGCGUUGUGCUGCGUGUCAUUAGCAUGGUGGUGCUAAUUGGAUUCCCAGACACCUUGAAUACCGCCUCGUAAAUACCACAGAAUAAGACAUUUAGCUGGAGGAGAGAGAGGGAGGCAGUGAUGGAGAGAGUGAGAGAAAGAGGUUUUAGCACACCUUUUAUUUACACUGAACAAAAAUAUAAACUCAACAUACAACAAUUUCAAAGAUUUUACUGAGUUACAGUUCAUAUAAGGAAAUCAGUCCAUUGAAAUAAAUUCAUUAGGCCCUAAUCUAUGGAUUUCACAUGACUGGGAAAACAGAUAUGCAUCUGUUGAAAAAAAAAAAUAGGAGCGUGGAUCAGAAAAUCAGUCAGUAUCACCCUUUGCCUCAUGCAGCGCGACACAUCUCCUUUGCAUAGAGUUGAUCAUGCUGUUGAUUGUGGCCUGUGGAAUAUUGUCCCACUCCUCUUAAAUGGCUGUGCGAAGUUGCUGGAUAUUGGUGGGAACUAGAACACACUGUCGUACACGUCAAUCCACAGCAUCCCAAACAUGCUCAAUGGGUGACAUGGCCAUGGAAGAACUUGGACAUUUUCAGCUUCCAGGAAUUCUUUACAGAUCUUUGCGACAUGGGGCCGUGCAUUAUCAUGCUGAAACAUGAGGUGAUUGCGGCGGAUGAAUGACACGAUAAUGUGCCUCAGGAUCUCGUCACGGUAUCUCUCUAUAUGACGUUGAAGGUGUCUUAUGGUAGAGCAAUGAACAUUACAUUCUCUGGCAACAGCUCUGGUGGACAUUCCUGCAGUCAGCAUGCCAAUUGCACGCUCCCACAAAACUUGAGACAUCUGUGCCAUUGUGGUGUUUGACAAAACUGCACAUUUUAGUGGCCUUUUAGUGUCCCCAGCACAAGGCGCACCUGUGUAAUGAUCAUGCUGUUUAAUCUACUUCUUGAUAUGCCACACCUGUCAGUCAGGUGGAGGGAUUAUCUUGGCAAAGGAGAAAUGCUCACUAACAGGGAUGUAAACAAAUUUGUGCAUAACAUUUUAGAGAAAUAAGCUUUUUGUGCGUAUGGGACAUUUCUGGGAUCUUUUAUUUCAGCUCAUGAAACAUGAUGCGUUUCUAUUUUUGUUCAGUGUAGCAAAUAUGGAGGGAAUACAGAGCUCGCAGCAUGCAUGGAGAGAGCGAGGGAGAGAGAGAGAGCCACAGUAAAAGCCAGUGUGUCCUCCUCUCCUCUGUAUUGGUGCCCUUCAGAUAAGCAGCGUUAGCAUCACAUGAUGUUAGACAGGUGGAUGCUGCUAUAUUUAGACUGUUUAGUGGGCACUGCAGCUUCACCACGGAGGAGGAAAUGGCUUAGGCUAGAUUUGCAUUAAUAUCAUUUUUGCACAUGACAGAAGUCAGUAGCAAUGAAUAACAUUACAUUUUUUAUUUAAUAAUAAUAUCAUCCCACAGUAGAGAGAACAUUUUAUAACGGACAAGCAUCUUGGUCACGAUUUUUGGAGCUCCACAGACGCUGUGGAGGGGAACAAUGGAUUCUUAUUUACCUCUGAGUAGGCUAUCCUUUUUUCCUUCUCUCCCUCUCUCUCACUUUCUCUCUCUCUCUCUGUGCACCAGCCCUGACAGCCUUGAGUAUAGACUGGGGAAUGGAAUGUUAUGUAACGCUGAGACCCAUCCAUGCUCCCCCUAGAACACCAGUGUAAAGCUAGCAGGUUAUUAAGAUGUCUUCUGCUGAUGUGUUUUCCGAUCUGCUGCAGAACACAACAUUGAGUCAACGCCACACUGCACAGCUCACAAUCACAUGUUGCUCUGGUAUGAUAAUGUUUGGAUGAUCUCUCCCCCUCACUCACUCACAUGUAUCAAAUCCUACAUGCCAUCUCCUGCCGUUGUGCCCUUGAGCAAGGCAUUUAAUCCCUAAAACCAGCUCCAGCGGUGCAGUAGUGUGGCUGCCCUCUGCUCCAACCUCUGUAUGUGUGUCUUUCAGAGGGGCCUGGAUGGAUAAAGCAGAAGACGCGUUUUAAUUAAUUUACAUUAGACAAUAAAAUAAUCUUCUCUCCCCCAGGUACCCACCGUGGCUGGGCGGCGGUACAGAUGCGUCUGCUCCAUGAGCUGGUGUACGCGUCCCGUCGUAUGGGAAACCCCGGCCUGUCCGUCCGCCACCUCUCCUUUCUGCUCCAGACCAUGCUGGACUUCCUCUCAGACCAAGGUCAGCCAACACACAGAUACACACACACACACACACACACACACAGAUACACACACACACACACACACACACACACACACACACACACACACACACACAUACACACACACACAGAUACACACACACACACACACACACACACACACACACACACACACACAGAGACACACAGACACAGACAUACACAUUAGCUCCCCAAGCCUUUAGCGCAAAUGACUACCGAAACCCAGACGGUCUCAUUCUCUAGUGUCUUUGAGAGGGGACUCUUUCAACAAUGUAAAUUCGCAUCCCUUAAUCCCCUAGAGUCGAUUUCCACAGCCCCAUGGUAAUCUAAUUAGCAUAAAAAAUCCCCAUAAAAAUCUGUCAGUUUAAGAGAUAGAGUUAUCCGUUUUUUUGCAUUGGAUGUGUCUCAAUCCACCGCAUCCGACGAUGUCGCACUUCUGCAUCUGCGGUGAAAGGUGACAGACUCGUCACCUCCCGAGUGGCGCAGUGGUCUAAGGCACUGCAUCGUAGUGCUAGCUGUGCCACUAGAGAUCCUGGUUCGAAUCCAGGCUCUGUCGUAGCCGGCCGCGACCGGGAAACCCAUGGGGCGGCGCACAAUUGGCCCAGUGUCGUCCAGGGUAGGGGAGGGAAUGGCCGGCAGGGAUGUAGCUCAGUUGGCAGAGCAUGGCGUUUGCAACGGCAGGGUUGUGGGUUCGAUUCCCACGGGGGGCCGGUAUGAAAAAAAAAAAAUUAUGUAUGCACUCACUAACUGUAAGUCGCUCUGGAAAAGAGCGUCUGCUAAAUGACUAAAAUGUAAAUGUAAAUGUAAGUCGGUACAGCCGAUCUGCUACACACUAAUAUGACCCCUCUGUGGAAAUGUGAGACUCUCACGAACAUGUACAUGUUUUGCUCUAGGACGUCCCCCGGUACCAGUUGAAAAUAUUUAUGGAAGUAUACAGUAUAUGGUGACUGUUUAGUGGCAAAAAUAGGGGGUUAAAUAUAUACAGUACCAGUCAAAUGUUUGGACACACCUACUCAUUCAAGGGUUUUUCUUUAUUUUUACUAUAUUCUACAUUGUAGAAUAAUAGUGAAGACAUCAAAACUAUGAAAUAACACACAUGGAAUCAUGCAGUAACCAAACAAGUGUUAAACAAAUGAAAAUAUAUUUUAUAUUUGAGGUUCUUCAAAUAGUCACCCUUGAUGACAGCUUUGCCCACUCUUGGCAUUCUCUCAACCAGCUUCACCUGGAAUGCUUUUCAGACAGUCUUGAAGGAGUUCCCACAUAUGCUGAGCACUUGUUGGCUGCUUUUCCUUCACUUUGUGGUCCGACUCAUCCCAAACCAUCUCAAUUUGGUUGAGGUCGGGGGAUUGUGGAGGCCAGGUCAUCUGAUGCAGCACUCUAUCACUAUCCUUCUUGGUAAAAUAGCCCUUACACAGCCUGGAGGUGUGUUGGGUCAUUGUCCUGUUGAAAAACAAAUGAUAGUCCCACUAAGCCCAAACCAGAUGGGAUGGCGUGUCGCUGCAGAAUGCUGUGGUAGCCAUGCUGGUUAAGUGUGCCUUGAAUUCUAAAUAAAUCACAGACAAUGUCACCAGCAAAGCACCCCCACACCAUAACACAUCCUCCUCCAUGCUUUACGGUGGGAAAUACACAUGCAGAGAUGAUCCGUUCACCCACACUGCGUCUCACAAAAACAUGGCGGUUGGAACCAAAGGACACAUUUCCACCGGACUAAUGUCCAUUGCUCGUGUUUCUUGGCUCAAGCAGGUCUCUUCUUCUUAUUGGUGUCCUUUAGUAGUGGUUUCUUUGCAGCAAUUAGACCGUGGAGGCCUGAUUCACACAGUCUCCUCUGAACAGUUGAUGUUGAGAUGUGUCUGUUGAACUCUGUAAAGCAUUUCUUUGGGCUGCAAUUUCUGAGGCUGGUAUCUCUAAUGAACUUAUCCUCUGCAGCAGAGGUAACUCUGGGUCUUCCAUUCCUGUGGCGGUCCUCAUGAGAGCCAGUUUCACAUAGUACUUGAUGGUUUUUGCGACUGCACUUGAAGAAACUUUCAAAGUUCUUGAAAUGUUCCAUAUUGACUGACCUUCAUGUCUUAAAGUAAUGAUGGACUGUUGUUUCUCUUUGCUUAUUUGAGCUGUUCUUGGACUUGGUCUUUUACGAAAUAGGGCUAUCUCCCCCCCCCCCCCCCCCCCCCAACUGAUUGGCUCAAACUGUUAUUCUACAAUGUUAAAAAUAGUAAAAAUAAAAAAAGUAGUAGGUGUGUCCGAACUUUUGACUGGUAGUGUCUAUACACACACUACCAGUCAAACGUUUUGACACACCUACUCAUUCAAGCGUUUGUCUUUAUUUUUAAAAAAUUUUACAUUGUAGAAUAUUAUAUAUUUAUAUUUAUAUUUAUGUCAUUUAGCAGACGCUCUUAUCCAGAGCGACUUAGUUAGUGAGUGCAUACAUUCUUUUUUUUAUAUAUACAGUGGGGAGAACAAGUAUUUGAUACACUGCCGAUUUUGCAGGUUUUCCUACUUACAAAGCAUGUAGAGGUCUGUAAUUUUAAUCAUUUGUACACUUCAACUGUGAGAGACGGAAUCUAAAAUAAAAAUCCAGAAAAUCACAUUGUAUGAUUUUAAGUAAUUAAUUUGCAUUUUAUUGCAUGACAUAAGUAUUUGAUACAUCAGAAAAGCAGAACUUAAUAUUUGGUACAGAAACCUUUGUUUGCAAUUACAGAGAUCAUACGUUUCCUGUAGAUCUUGACCAGGCUUGCACACACUGCAGCAGGGAUUUUGGCCCACUCCUCCAUACAGACCUUCUCCAGAUCCUUCAGGUUUCGGGGCUGUCGCUGGGCAAUACGGACUUUCAGCUCCCUCCAAAGAUUUUCUAUUGGGUUCAGGUCUGGAGACUGGCUAGGCCACUCCAGGACCUUGAGAUGCUUCUUACGGAGCCACUCCUUAGUUGCCCUGGCUGUGUGUUUUGGGUCGUUGUCAUGCUGGAAGACCCAGCCACGACCCAUCUUCAAUGUUCUUACUGAGGGAAGGAGGUUGUUGGCCAAGAUCUCGCGAUACAUGGCCCCAUCCAUCCUCCCCUCAAUACGGUGCAGUCGUCCUGUCCCCUUUGCAGAAAAGCAUCCCCAAAGAAUGAUGUUUCCACCUCCAUGCUUCACGGUUGGGAUGGUGUUCUUGGGGUUGUACUCAUCCUUCUUCUUCCUCCAAACACGGCAAGUGGAGUUUAGUCCAAAAAAGCUCUAUUUUUGUCUCAUCAGACCACAUGACCUUCUCCCAUUCCUCCUCUGGAUCAUCCAGAUGGUCAUUGGCAAACUUCAGACGGGCCUGGACAUGCACUGGCUUGAUCAGGGGGACCUUGCGUGCGCUGCAGGAUUUUAAUCCAUGACGGCGUAGUGUGUUACUAAUGGUUUUCUUUGAGACUGUGGUCCCAGCUCUCUUCAGGUCAUUGACCAGGUCCUGCCGUGUAGUUCUGGGCUGAUCCCUCACCUUCCUCAUGAUCAUUGAUGCCCCACGAGGUGAGAUCUUGCAUGGAGCCCCAGACCGAGGGUGAUUGACCGUCAUCUUGAACUUCUUCCAUUUUCUAAUAAUUGCGCCAACAGUUGUUGCCUUCUCACCAAGCUGCUUGCCUAUUGUCCUGUAGCCCAUCCCAGCCUUGUGCAGGUCUACAAUUUUAUCCCUGAUGUCCUUACACAGCUCUCUGGUCUUGGCCAUUGUGGAGAGGUUGGAGUCUGUUUGAUUGAGUGUGUGGACAGGUGUCUUUUAUAUAGGUAACAAGUUCAAACAGGUGCAGUUAAUAUAGGUAAUGAGUGGAGAACAGGAGGGCUUCUUAAAGAAAAACUAACAGGUCUGUGAGAGCCGGAAUUCUUACUGGUUGGUAGGUCAUCAAAUACUUAUGUCAUGCAAUAAAAUGCAAAUGAAUUAUUUAAAAAUCAUACAAUGUGAUUUUCUGGGUUUUUGUUUUAGAUUCCGUGUCUCGCAGUUGAAGUGUACCUAUGAUAAAAAUUACAGACCUCUACAUGCUUUGUAAGUAGGAAAACCUGCAAAAUCGGCAGUGUAUCAAAUACUUGUUCUCCCCACUGUGUGUAUAUAUAUAUAUAUAUAUAUUUACAUUUCAUACUGGCCCCCCGUGGGAAUCGAACCCACAACCCUGGCGUUGCAAACGCCAUGCUCUACCAACUGAGCUACAUCCCUGCCGGCCAUUCCCUCCCCUACCCUGGACGACGCUGGGCCAAUUGUGCGCCGCCCCAUGGGUCGAACCAGGAUCUCUAGUGGCACAGCUAGCACUGCGAUGCAGUGCCUUAGAUCACUGCGCCACUCGGGAGCCCGUCUGGUGUUCAACCUUCCCAAGUUCUCUCACGUCACCCCGCUCCUCCGCACACUCCACUGGCUUCCAGUUGAAGCUCGCAAUUUGCUUCAAGACCAUGGUGCUUGCCUACGGAGCUGUGAGGGGAACGGCACCUCCGUACCUUCAGGCUCUGAUCAGUCCCUACACCCAAACGAGGGCAUUGCGUUCAUCCACCUCUGGCUUGCAGGCCCCCCUACCUCUGCGGAAGCACAGUUCCCGCUCAGCCCAGUCAAAACUGUUUGCUGCUCUGGCACCCCAAUGGUGGAACAAGCUCCCUCACGACGCCAGGUCAGCGGAGUCACUCACCACCUUCCGGAGACACUUGAAACCCCACCUCUUUAAGGAAUACCAGGGAUAGGAUAAAGUAAUCCUUCUAUCCCCCCUUACCCCACCCCCCAAAAAAAAAAAAAAAAAAAAAAAAACAUAUUGUAAAGUGGUUAUCCCACUGGCUAUAAGUUGAAUGCACCAAUUAGUAAGUCGCUCUGGAUAAGAGCGUCUGCUAAAUGCCGUAAAUAUUAGUGAAGACAUCAAAACUAUGAAAUAACAUAUAUGGAAUCAUGUAGUAACCAAAAAAGUGUUAUACAAAUCAAAAUAUAUUUGAGAUUCUUCAAAUAGCCACCCAGGGUUUAGACAUGUACUGAAUAGAAAGGAAACUGAAUAAAAAUAGUAACUCUUUCAAAAAAGGAAAGAAAAUGUCUGACUAGCUCUAGUCUAGGACUAACAGAUAUUACAUAGUCAUAGUCAAACGUUUUUGUCCGUACAGUGCCUUGCAAAAGUAUUCAUCCCCCUUGGCGUUUUUCCUAUUUUUUUGCAUUACAACCUGUAAUUUAAAUGGAUUUUUAUUUGGAUUUCAUGUAAUGGACAUACGCAAAAUAGUCCAAAUUGGGGAAGUGAAAUGAAAAACAUAACUUGUUUACAAAAAUAUAAUAAAUAACGGAAAAGUGGUGCGUGCAUAUGUAUUCACCCCCUUUGCUAUGAAGCCCCUAAAUAAGAUCUGGUGCAACCAAUUACCUUCAGAAGUCACAUAAUUAGUUAGAUUGCACACAGGUGGACUUUAUUUAAGUGCCACAUGAUCUCAGUAUAUAUACACCUGUUCUGAAAGGCCCCAGAGUCUGCAACACCACUAAGCAAGGGGCACCACCAAGCAAGCGGCACCAUGAAGACCAAGGAGCUGUCCAAACAGGUCAGGGACAAAGUUGUGGAGAAGUACAGAUCAGGGUUGGGUUAUAAAAAAAUAUCAGAAACUUUGAACAUCCCACGGAGCACCAUUAAAUCCAUUAUUUAAAAAAUUGAAAGAAUAUGGCACCAUAACAAACCUGCCAAGAGAGGGCCACCCACCAAAACUCACGGACCAGGCAAGGAGGGCAUUAAUCAGAGAUGCAACAAAGAGACCAAAGAUAACCCUAAAGGAGCUGCAAAGCUCCACAGCGGAGAUUGGAGUAUCUGUCCAUAGGACCACUUUAAGCCGUACACUCCACAGAGCUGGGCUUUACAGAAGAGUGGCCAGAAAAAAGCCAUUGCUUAAAGAAAAAAAUAAGCAAACAUGUUUGGUGUUUGCCAAAAGCCAUGUGGGAGACUCCCCAAACAUAUGGAAGAAGGUACUCUGGUGAGAUGAGACUAAAAUUGAGCUUUUUGGGCAUCAAGGAAAACGCUAUGUCUGGUGCAAACCCAAAACCUCUCAUCACCCUGAGAACACCAUCCCCACAGUGAAGCAUGGUGGUGGCAGCAUCAUGCUGUGGUGAUGUUUUUCAUCGGCAGGGAAGGAAUGAUGGAUGGCACUAAAUACAGGGAAAUCCUUGAGGGAAACCUGUUUCAAUCUUCCAGAGAUUUGAGACUGGGACGGAGGUUCACCUUCCAGCAGGACAAUGACCCUAAGCAUACUGCUAAAGCAACACUCGAGGGGUUUAAGGGGAAACAUUUAAAUGUCUUGGAAUGGCCUAUCCAAUUGAGAAUCUGUGGUAUGACUUAAAGAUUGCUGUACACCAGCGGACCCAUCCAAGUUGAAGGAGCUGGAGCAGUUUUGCCUUGAAGAAUGGGCAAAAAUCGCAGUGGCUAGAUGUGCCAAGCUUAUAGAGACAUACCCCAAGAGACUUGCAGCUGUAAUUGCUGCAAAAGGUGGCUCUACAAAGUAUUGACUUUGGGGGGGUGAAUAGUUAUGCACGCUCAAGUUUUCUGUUUUCUUGUCUUAUUUCUUGUUUGUUUCACCCCAAAAAUAUUUUGCAUGUUGUGUAAAUCAAAUGAUACAAACCCCCCAAAAAUCUAUUUUAAUUCCAGGUUGUAAGGCAACAUAAUAGGAAAAAUACCAAGGGGGGUGAGUACUUUCGCAAGCCACUGUAUUAGUUUAAAAUCCUACUUCAUUUUUCUCCAUUUCAUACUACUGAUCAUCUAAAAUCAUCCCCUGGCCACAGCCAUCCAUGCAUGUCCUUUAGGAAAGCCAUCAUUGUGCCUGCGGGUGUAAUGGUGUGUGUGAUGCUCAACCAAGCCAGUCUCAGCUGGUGGCUGGGUGACUGUGGGCUUCAUCUGGACUCAGGAGAUGGGUACUCACCCAAGGCGAGGGGGAGGAGUGGGGGGAGGUAGAGCAGAUGCCUCACUGACCUCACUAUCGAGACCAGUGUAAUCCUUUUGGUAGAGGGGGGGAAAAGGGAGAGGGAGGGAGAGAGAGAGUGGAGAAAGCAGAUGGAGAGCGAAAAGCAGAGUGCGAAUACAGAGAGGGAGAGCAAAGAGAGAGACAUUUUAAAUGUAUUAUGAUCCCCAUUAGCCGACACCAAUGGCAACAGCUAAUCUUACUGGGGUCCAACACAUACCCAAAAAUACAUUACAGACAAAAUACUUUACAAUUUACAUACAUAAAAAAAUAGUAACAUAUAGUGUGUGCAUCUGUCACUUACACAUACUGUACAUGUCAGUACAUCCUCACCAGAAGUAGGUCGCAUUUGAGAGCGAGAGAGGGAGAGAGCAGAGCGCCAACAGUAUGAAAUAUUCACCAAUGUCAGCAGCAGCAGUUAGGGACUGUUGCUACGCUGAGGGAGGCCAUGCUCCCAUCUACCCAGCAUCCUCACUGUUUAAACCUGCUGGAAUAACAACAGCUCAGCUACAGCUCAGUGGGCGUCAUACACCCACCGUGUGUGUCAGCCGCCGUCACACUCAAACAACAGGCAGUUACAGCCUGUGACGCCUCAAGAGACCGAAAGGUGUGAAGUAUGAUUGAGAAAAAAUGCUUUUCUUGCUAUGACAUUUUGUGUGUGAGGCUGAGCAUAAAAAAGUGACAGAACAUAUUUCAUUGUUAUAUUUCAGCUAGCAUGUGCACUAUGAUCUCACUCAAGUUGAAGCCCCAGACUCCUAACUCCAUGCUUGAGUAACUGUUUUAACAGCUUAAAACCUCUAUAGUUCUCAGUGAGUUUCUCAAUGGUGGCUUUGGCAGAGACACUCAGUGAAAUGGGCCGUGCACAAAUCUGUCCCCUCUAAACUGCGGUUGCACGCCUACUCUCCUCGCCCUCGUCUCUCUCUCUCACCCUCCCUCUCGCUUUCUCUCACUCUCCCUCUUCCUCCCUCCUGCUAUUCCCUAUCACCCCCCUGCUGUUUGUCUGCAGUGUGGUGAUGUCACACACGGCGGGGGUUAUUGCAGGCCGUCUUCUCCCAGCAUGCAGUAGUGGGGUGCGGCCCCCUCGCUGUGUUCGCUGCGUGUCUGGGGAAUUAUUGUAGAACACACAGCAGCACAGCUCAGCACAGGGGAACAGUGUGACUCUCGGCCCAGCAGCAACAGCCUUUUCAUUUAAAGUCACAAUCCUGAGUUUGUGUUUCAACCCAAUACUACUUGGUUUGGUAUAAAGCUGACAGAUGAGGAUGGGAAACAAUAUAACCAUUCUCAAAUAUCCCAGAUUGUGCCUUUAAUCCCCAGAUCUGGGGCGUCAUUUAUCAACCGUGCGUACAUUAAAAAAAAAAGUUCUGGUGUAGUGGAGAUUCUAGGAUUUGCGUGUGCAACAAAUUAUUGGGAUUGAUCAAACUGUUGCACACAAAAUAAGCAUGUUUUAAUUGAUAAAUCAGAGCCAUACUAUAUUUGUGGGCUCGUGAACGAGCGCUACAACCCCGCCUGAAAGACGCCCUUACCUUUUUAUGGUAACAGAAAUGCCCUCAUUUGCUGUAUGAUUUGGAGAUGUUGGAACUGGGCCAUGAUAGUUUCUAGAAGAUAUCGCAAUGGCAAAUUUGAUCACAUUUCUGUAGAGGUGUGGGCAGAAUGUCCUUUUUUUUAGUGGUCUAUUUACUUUCGAGCAUGGUUGUCUUAUUGAAUGAGUGAUGGAUAAAUGGUAGCCUAAUAUUUGUGGGAAUGAACCAGUCACGUCAGAAAAGGAGAGACAUGCCCUGCAAUAUGAUUAGGAUUUAGGACUAUAUAAUAAAAGUAAAAUAAACAUAUUAGACGACAUUCUGCUAUGCGAUCUUCUACCAACGGCAAAUUCAUCUGUUUUAUCAUUAGGCCAAUGUUUUAAUGAGCUUACCAUUAUUAUCAUUCCCGUGCAUCAAACACCUCCAUUUCCCCCAAAAGAACAAUAGCCAAUUUGCUUGCAUAGAGUUGAUCAUCAACUAGAAGUUGUGCGCACGCAUGAUUUGAGAUUUGUGUGGAGAUGCACACACUUUUCCGUCAAGUUCAAAAUGUAUAAUUAUCAACCUUUGCGGGAAAACUGGCGCAUGUGUGCAUCUCUUUUUUUGUGCACGCACCUUGAUACAUGAGGCCCCUGGUGAGGCCCUGGGGUUUGGGUAUGAGAGAGGGGCUGUUUUUCUACACAGGUGCACAACCAAGGAAUUUGUUCUGUCCCUCAACAUCGUGGUACAGUAUGUGACCGAUAGUACACGACACAGUAUAUGACCAAGACAAUUCAAGUCUUAGAAGUCAACCCCUGUAAAUGAAUAUCGACUCCAGUUUCUCCUUUAAGCACAUUGCUGUCCUCCCGUUUAGUCCUCCCAUUUAAUGUCACAGCAGAAGCUCCCGGGGAAAGGAAAUGCCAGGGCUUUGAAUUUCAGGGCCGGCGCUUUCAAAGGUCUGUCUUGAGGUAGUAGUGCCUUUUCAAGUCCCCGUCGGUGACAUUAAAAAACAUAACUCAAAUGUUUUAUUUAAGCUGGGCCUUUGUAGAGUGGCAGGGAUUGAAGAUAACUGCUUAAUGUUUCUGGCUUAGGAGAGUGAGGGAAAGGGAGAGAGAUGGGUUCAGGAGAAGGUGAUCACGCCAAGCUCAUUAACGUUACCACUGUGUCACCCUGCCUGGGAGAGGGCGAAGAGAGGUAGAGAGAGUGAGCAAUAGGAAGAGAAAGAGGUAGCGUGUCAUUUUUCCUCUAGUGACAUCACAAAAGCUUCAGGACUGCAUGGGAUGAAGGGAGGAAGAGAUAAGUAAAGCGUGUGGGGGUGAAGGCUGGGAAAUGCCAGGGACCUCACGAUAUAAGUAUUCAACCCCAUUGCUAUGGCAAGCCUAAAUAAGUUCAGGAGUAAAAAUGUGCUUAAUAAGUCACAUAAUAAGUUGCAUUGACUCACUCUGUGUGCAAUAAUAGUGUUUAACAUGAUUUUUGUAUGAUUACAGUUAUCUGUAAGGUCCCUCAAUCGAGCAGUGAAUUUCAAACACAGAUUCAACCACACAGACCAGGGAGGUUUUCCAAUGGUAGAUAAAAAAAAAAGAAGCUGACAUUGUAUAUCCCUUUGAGCAUGGUGACGUUAUUAAUUACACUUUGGAUGGUGUAUCAAUACACCCAGUCACUACAAAGACACAGGCGUCCUUCCGAACUCAGUUGCCGGAGAGGAAGGAAACCGCUCAUGGAUUUCACCAUGAGGCCAAGGGAGACUUUAAAUAGUUACAGAGUUUAAUGGCUGUGAUAGGAGAAAACUGAGGAUGGAUCAACAACAUUGUAGUUACUCCACAAUUCUAACCACCUUGACAGAGUGAAAAGAAGUAAGCCUGUACAGAAUAAACAUAUUCCAAAACAUGAAUCCUGUUUGCAACAAGUUACUAAAGUAAUACUGCAAAACAUUUGGCAAGUCAAUUAACUUUGUCCUGAAUACAAAGUGUUAUGUUCGGGGCAAAUCCAAAACAACACAUUACUGAGUAUCACUCUCCAUAUUUUCAAGCAUAGUGGUGGCUGCAUCAUGUUAUGGGUAUGCUUGUAAUCGUUAAGGAUUGGGAAGUUUUUCAGGGUAAAAAAUAAACGGAAUGGAGUUAAGCACAGGCAAAAUCCUAGAGGAAAACCUGGUUCAGUCUGCUUUCCACCAGACACUGGGAGAUUAAUUCACCUUUCAGAGGAAAAUAACCUAAAACACAAGGCCAAAUCUACACUGGAUUUGCUUACCAAGAAGACUGAAUGUUCUUGAGUGGCCGGGUUACAGUUUUGAUAUACUGUAAAUCGGCUUGAAAAUCUAUGGCAAGACUUGAAAGUCCAGGUGUGCAAAGCUCUCAUAGACUUACACAGAAAGACUCACAGCUGUAAUCACUGCCAAAUGUGAUUUUAACAUGUAUUGACUCAAGGGUGUGAAUACUUAUGUAAAUUAGAUAUUUCUGUAUUUAAAAUAAAUUUGGAAAAAUGUCUAAAAACAUGUUUUCACUUUGUCAUUAUGGAGUAUUGUGUGCAGAUGAGUAAAACAAAGAAGAUUUAAUCAAUUUUGAAUUCAGGCUGUAACACAACAAAAUGUGGAAUUAGUCAAGGGGUAUGAAUAAUUUCUGAAGGCACUGUAGGUGCCGAUAUGUAUUGCGAUUCUCAUGAUUCUAUAUGUAUUGCGAUUCGAUGUUCCAAACAUAUUGCUCACCAUACAGUAUGUCUGUUGCAGAGGGACAAGAGAGAGCCGUGAGAAAACUACACAAUAUAUACAAAAGUAUGUGGACAUCCCUUCAGAUUAGUGGACUCUGCUAUUUCAGCCACACCCUUUGCUGACAGGUGUAUAAAAUCGAGCACACAGCCAUGCAAUCUCCAUAGACAAACAUUGGCAGUAGAAUUACCUUACUGAAGAGCUCAUUGACUUUCAACAUGGCACAGUCAUAGGAUGCCACCUUUCCAAUAAGUCAGUUUGUCAAAUUUCUGCCCUGCUAGUGCUGCCCCGGUCAACUGUAAGUGCUGUUAUUGUGAAGUGCAAACGUCUAGGAGCAACAACGGCUCAGCCACGAAGUGGCAUGCCAUACAAGCUCACAGAACGGAACCCUGAGUGCUGAAGCGCGUAGCGUGUAAAAAUCGUCUGUCCUCGGUUGCAACACUCACUACCAAGUUCCAAACUGCCUCAGGAAGCAAUGUCAGCACAAGAACUGUUCGUUGGGAGCUUCAUAAAAUAGGUUUCCAUGGCCGAGCAGCCACACACAAGCAUAAGGUCAUCAUGCGCAAUGCCAAGCGUCGGCUGGAGUGGAGUAAAGCUCGCUGCCAUUGAACUCCGGAGCAGUGGAAAUGCGUUCUCUGGAGUGAUGAAUCACUCUUCACCAUCUGGCAGUCCGACGGACGAGUCUGAGUUCAGCGGAUGCCAAGAGAACGCUACCUGCCCCAAUGCAUAGUGCCAACUGUAAAGUUUGGUGGAGGAGGAAUAAUGGUCUGGGGCUGUUUUUCGUGGUGCAGGCUAGGCCCCUUAGUUCCAGUGAAGGGAAAUCUUAACGCUACAGCAUGCAAUGACAUUCUAGACGAUUCUGUGCUUCCGACUUUGUGGCUUCAGUUUGGGGAAGGCCCUUUCCUGUUUCAGCAUGACAAUGCCCCCGUGUACAAAGCGAGGUCCAUACACAAAUGGUUUGUCGAGAUCGGUGUGGAAGAACGUGACUGGCCUGCACAGAGCCCUGACCUCAACCCCAUCAAACACCUUUGGGAUGAAUUGGAACGACUGCGAGCCAGGCCUAAUCGCCCAACAUCAGUGCCCGACCUCACUAAUGCUCUUGUGGGUAAAUGGAAGCAAGUCCCCGCAGCAAUGUUCCAACAUCUGGUGAAAAGCCUUCCCAGAAGAGUGGAGGCUGUUAUAGCAGCAAAGUGGGGGACCAACUCCAUAUUAAACCCCUGAUUUUGGAAUGAGAUGUUUGACGAGCAGGUGUCCACAUACUUUUGGUCAUGUAGUGUAGUUCUGAUCAGUCAUGGGAAUUAAAGUGCUGAAAACAAAUUGGCUCCCUAUUUAAAGCCUCUUAGAUGUAAGGUCCCGUGUUUUGGGGACCUGCGUUGUUCUGGGACCGAUUCCAACCGAAAUGGUCACUUAUAAAUCGAUAGAUCUACGGUGUCAAUAGAAAUGGCUUGCGCUGAUCGAUAGCCCUGGUUCCCACGGACACAGUAGUAUUCUUUUCUCAGCCUGUGUGACGUAGGAUGUGAAAUCUGAAACCACUUGAAGCUCGGAUGUCCCUCCUACCAUUCAUUCACUCUUCUGACUGUCCAACUCAUGGCUGAACCCUACAUCACAGACAAAGCAUAUGCCUGCAUUCAGAGCACCAGGAUAGAGUGGUUUCAUCACGAUAGCACUUUCAGAGAUCGAAUUAUAGCCAUUAAUCUAAAAUAAUUCAUAGAUUUUAAACAAAAAACACUUUCUGUUUGUCAUAGACGGACAAGAUUAAUAUGAGAUGAAUGGUGUGUUCCUAACGAGUUCAGGAAGCCAAGCUAGAGCUCUGUGAGACUUCCACAGCGAUGAGGGCAGAAGUUUUGAUCGAGAGACCACAUUUUCUCUAACACUAAACGUACAAAUAUGUAUUUUACGGUUAUAAGGAAGGUGAAAGCUUAGUCGUUUUAUAAUUAGAAUAUGCUAUAUUUAGAAAGCAUAAGUCAUUUCAAGCCUUAUUCAUACAGUUUUGAUGAACAUAUUUUUAUCAUAUUUGUGCUGUGUACUUGAGCUUGUGUCCUCAAAGGUGACUACACCUCAGCAAUGUAACUAUUUUUACCAGAAAGGUGAGAUUUUAACCUUUGAGUAUUACUAGUUAUUCUUUACGGCCCUCUCAUUAUAAAUAAUUACUUUUGGGGAUUACAUAGAUGACUUUUUCGAUUACAUUUAGUUAAAUUUAACUGGUUAAAAAGAAGAUGGAGAACAAGCUAUGAAGGAAAUAAACUGGAGUUAUGGCGCAGGUACAGACAUCCAACUAGCGCAAAAAUAAUAUUGUGAUAUUGUCAAAACAAUACGACACAAUAUAUUGUCAAAAAUAAUACGACACAAUAUAUUGUCAUAAAUAAUAUCCCGAUAUGUAACUGUAUCGAUGUUUUUCCCCCAUCGCUAGUGGGGGUAGUUCAACUGUAUCAGGGACAGGAGGUUACAAUCAAUAUUUUACUAGUUGGCUGUGUUGUGGCUUGGAAACUAGGCUUCAGAUCAGAAGCUUGCAGGCUCUUAUCUAUAUUGAGACCUAUUUAUUUUUUUUGAAACAGUUGUUAAAAUGAAUAGCGUUAGCUGAAGUUUAUCGUGGCAGAAAUGGCAAUUAAAGACUACUUGAGCCUAAUCUGAAGCUUAUCGUUUCAUCGCAGCAGAACUAGCCUAACAGUAGUCCAUGCUGUGUUUCUAUAUCUGGUUUACUAGUCCCAGAUAAUUGAUUGUACUUUCUCCUGAAUCAUCAGAGGUGAACAUUUAAAAAUGGCCACUUCACAAGUCAUUUUACCCUUUUGCUGUCUCCUCUCUCAAUUAUUUAUUCAGGUAUUCCCCAAUGUUCACUCGUACAUGCUUCAUUUAGGAUAUCCGUGACCGUGAUCUGAGAAUGACAGCGUCAAUGUAUCCCAAAAAUAGUAGUAUCUACAGUAUUAAUAUCUCCAGGUAUUAGUUUGGUCUCUCUUGCAGUCCCACUGUAA